AUGGAUAGUGUAAAGCCUCAAAGUUUUUCAAUUGAUGAUGUAUGGAAAGAUUUGGAAGCUGGGCUUAAUCAAGUGUAUUCCAGAGAGCGGCUAACGCGUAAAAGUUAUAUGUCUCUUUUCACACAAGUUUAUGAUUAUUGCACAAUGGUUCCUCAUGAUAUGAAUCGCCCCGGUCGUAGUAAACAGACUUCCGGUUCGAGGUCUGGUGGCGCUCAGUUGGGUGCAGAAUUUGUUGGUUUAGACUUGUACAAAAAGUUAGAAGUCUUUUUUCGGCAUUUGGUAGAAUCGAUUUGUGAGAGAGGAAAAGAGAGGAAUGGCGAAGAUGUUUUAAAAUUUUACACUGGUGAGUGGGAUGUAUUUCAAUUCAGUUCAAGAGUUGCUGGCAAUAUCUGUAAUUACUUGAACAGACACUGGAUAAGACGAGAGAGGGAUGAAGGCAAUGGGAGCAUCUAUGAGAUUUACGCUCUAGCAGUGGUAACGUGGAGGGAGUAUCUUUUCAAAUAUAUGCAUGAAAGUGUUACAAAUGCAGUCCUGAAACUUAUAGAACGAGAAAGGAACGGGGAAAAAAUAAAUACGAUGCUUAUUAGCGGAGUAGUUCAGUGUUAUGUUGAAUUAGGUAUCCAAGAGACAGAAGGCAACACAAUUGCACCGAAUGCAGGAAUUUCGGGUACGUCGGACAGGAAUCCAAAAUUACGGGUUUAUAAAGAAUAUUUCGAAAAAAGAUUUCUAGAAGACACAGAAGCUUAUUUUCUUCGCGAAGCUGAAGAUUUUAUUGCGGCUAAUCCUGUCACUGAGUAUAUGAGAAAGGUUGAAGGUAGGUUAGUAGAAGAGAAAGAGAGAUGCGAAAAGUAUUUGAAUGAAUCAACUCAGGACCAGUUGGUGAAGACCUUGGAGAGGGUCCUCAUCAGUAAACGGUUAGAGCUCUUUCAGAACGAGUUCGGCAAUCUCUUAGAGGCCAAUAAAGACGAGGAUCUAGAAAGGAUGCACACGUUAUGUAACAGAGUGGAGAAUGGUCUUAGUGAAUUAAAAGUAGCUCUUCAGAAACAUAUUGCUAGACAGGGCGAGGAAGCUUUGGAGAGGAUCGCAGAUGUCGCUGUUAAUGACCCAAAACUGUACGUGACAACGAUUUUAAAUGUUCACAAGCGUUACUGCCAUCUCGUUGCGAAUUCUUUCAAGAACCAAAGCGGUUUUGUACAGGCAUUGGAUAAAGCGUGCUCAACUUUCAUCAAUAACAAUAGUAUUACAGCUAAAGCAAAGAAUGCUGCGAAAAGUCCUGAGCUCUUGGCUCGGUACGUUGACUUAUUGUUGAAGAAAAGCGCGAGGAAUCCUGAAGAAGCAGAAAUGGAGGAUCUUCUUUCGCAAGUUAUUGUUGUGUUCAAAUACAUUGAUGAUAAGGACGUUUUUCAAAAAUUUUAUACCAAGAUGUUGGCGAAACGUCUUGUAGGCGAGCUGAGUGCGAGUGACGAGGCAGAGAGUAACAUGAUAUCAAAGUUGAAACACAUGUGUGGAUUUGAAUAUACCAGCAAGUUGCAGCGAAUGUUUACAGAUACCAGUCUUAGCAAGGAAAUUUCAGAACGAUAUAGACAGCAUAUAAUUUCGAGGAAAAUUGAUUUGGGCUUAGACUUUUCAGUAAUGGUGUUGGGGUCUUGUGCUUGGCCUUUUACUACUUCAGUUACAUUUGAUAUUCCGAGAGAACUGGGCAACUGUAUUGACCAGUUCAAAGAGUUCUAUGUCACUCAGCACACGGGAAGAAAACUCGUCUUCCUGUUGAAUCAGAGCCGAGGUGAAAUUAUUACGAGCUGUUUUCCGAGGAAGUACACCUUCAUGGCCAAUACCGCUCAAAUUUCGGUUUUAUUGUUGUACAAUAAUAGCACGGAGAUCACAGUCGAGUAUAUAAUAGAAAAUACGAAGCUGAAAGAAGAACUACUCUUUCCUAUUCUAAUUGGCUUUGUGAAGCAAAUUCUACUUGAGUACUUUACUGUAACAUUUAGUAAAAAAUUAAAAGUUGACCUUUCGAAAGGCUUGGUUAGGACAGAGGUGAAGCAGGAAUCAGCAGAAGUGCAGAAAUCUGUGGAAGACGAUAGAAGGAUGGUUAUCCAGGCAGCAAUUGUGAGGAUCAUGAAAACAAGGAAGAGAUACAAACACGCCCAGCUUAUUUCGGAAGUUUUAAAGCAACUUUCAUCACGUUUUCGGCCGAAGGUUCCGAUGGUUAAAAAAUGUGUUGAUAUGCUUAUUGAAAAGGAGUAUUUACAAAGGGUAGACAAUGAAAAAGAUUUGUAUGAAUACCUUGCAUAAAA